AUGCUACUUGGAGAUACCAGAGAAAAGAAGGAGCUACGCCACUUCCUACGCCGCCUUAUCAUGCUUUAUUAUACACUGAAGGAUACCAGCCUUAUCGGGUUCAAUUCAAUAAUGAGGGUGAAUGGUGAAGUAAACUGGGUUGCAAAUUUGCCACUAGGCUUCACGUUUGGGGUUUCCAUGUUUGACUCGAACAAUUACACUGGUGGAGUACUCGAAAAAACCUUAGAAAUGGAAUCUCGAGCGGGGUGUAACAUACAAAAUCCUCUGAUACCAUCAACGCUAGAUGUUGGGGUGACAGGAAAGCCAGAGCAAUGCCAGAUGGUUUUGAUCGAUAUAAAGAACGGAACCUCACCCUAUAAACUAGAGAUUACACCGAAAGCUGCUUAUCAGAAAACAAUACGUUUUGAGGCGAACCAGCUAGGCUUUGUACUGGAUAUGAGUGCGGGUAUGGACUACUGGUUGGCCGUCUAUGAUUCGGCAGGACACUCGGCUGUUAAGGGCUCAUAUAAAGUCUCGGAGUACAAGGAUGACUGUUUAGGUGUGGCCUCGACUGUGAAAGGACAGGUGUCUACAUUGUACCCCGGAGGAGCUGCUACUUUUACCUCUAGUACCACAACUGCCUCUGGGCUACCUCACGGGCUAGCGAAGCCAGCAGUUAUCGCUAUAUCCAUUACUGUCCCGAUGACAGUCAUCGUUGCUAUGGUGCUUCUGAUCUGGUUUUGCUAUAUACGGAAAAGACGAGACCGCUGGUCCAAAGAGAGACCUGAAAUCGAACCCGCAGAUAGUUAUCACUAUACCCAAUACAAUCCGGUUCCGAUGGGAGAAUCGAGCUAUACUGGAUCACACAAUGUUAUUCUCAACACUGGAAACCACAAUCCCCCAACACCGACGCCUUACUCACUUCCGCCUAUUCUGGUAGGCAAUAGAAAUACGAUCCACGCUCCCGAUGACACAAGCACCAGCGAGCCGUCGGCUGUCGUUCUCAAUGAAAAACGUCGGCAUCUUAUCAAUACAGGCUUCGACGUCACCAACGCAGACGCACAAAGUUCCGUUGGGAUAGGUACUGAAUUAUUUGGUCCUACCAACUUACCUGGGGUUUCAAGAGAGAAUUCAGAAUUAUUGCCAUCGCCUCCGAUUUACUCGGCAUCUUACUAA